UUAAACUGAAAAUCAAGUCUGAACUCUUGUCAGUUUUCAGUUCCAAGUCAAAACUAUUUGCUGGUCACAUUAAACUGAACUUGUCCUCUAGCUACCAAGUCCUCGCAUAAACGUCUUCAAAAUUGUUUGCACUUUGCACAAAGAACUCUCUGUAUACGCACACGCAUUUGGUCUGAGGACAUUAGAUUUGAGUUUUUUGACCUGCUCGGAGAUGACGAAGCACCAGUAUAUCGUGCAGGUGGAGCCCUCGAAGCCCGCCGGUGAUGGGAAGCCGUCGAUCGGACCGGUUUACCGGAGUAGCUUUGCUAAGGACGGUUUUCCGGAGCCGACUCCGGGGCUCGACAGCUGUUGGGACAUUUUCCGUUUGUCAGUAGAGAAGUAUCCCAACAACCAGAUGCUUGGUCGUCUUCAAGUUGUCAAUGGGAAGCCCGACAAAUAUAUAUGGAUGACUUACAAAGAAGUGUACGACAUGGUGCUGAAAGUUGGUAACUCCAUCCGUUGUUGUGGCAUUGAUAAAGCGUGUAAUGCUCAUGGACUCUAUUGUGUCCCGUUAUAUGACACUUUAGGUGCUGGGGCUAUUGAAUUCAUCAUUUGCCAUGCUGAAGUUGAACUUGCUUUUGUAGAAGAGAAAAAAAUCUCAGAGCUUUUGAAAACAUUUCCGACUGCAGCUAAGUACUUGAAAACAAUUGUGAGCUUUGGGAAGGUUAGUUCUCAGCAGAAGGCUGAAGCUGAAAAUUUUGGUGUGCCUAUUCAUUCUUGGGAUGAGUUUCUGUCAUUGGGAGAAAACAAGCAUCAUGAGCUUCCUGUGAAAAAGAGAACGGACAUUUGUACAAUUAUGUAUACCAGUGGCACUACUGGCGAUCCCAAGGGAGUCAUGAUUUCCAACAAUACCAUUGUUUCUUUUAUAGCUGGAGUAAAUCGUCUGCUAGAGAGUGUGAAUGAAUCGUUAUCCGUCAAUGAUGUGUAUCUCUCAUAUCUUCCUUUAGCGCACAUCUUUGAUCGUGCCAUUGAAGAGUGUCUGAUCAAUAAUGGGGGCUCUAUUGGAUUUUGGAGAGGGGAUGUUAAGUUGUUGGUAGAAGAUAUUGGACUCCUUAAACCCACAAUUUUCUGUGCAGUUCCUCGGGUACUAGAUAGAAUUUAUUCAGGUUUGCAACAAAAGAUUGCUGUGGGUGGUUUCAUACAAAAUACCAUGUUCAACCUGGCUUAUUCUUUAAAACUGCGUAAUAUGAGGAAUGGAUAUAAACACACAGAAGCAUCUCCACUCUCUGACAAAGUUGUUUUCAGUAAGGUGAAACAAGGUUUAGGAGGCAAUGUCAGAAUUAUUUUAUCUGGAGCAGCACCUCUUGCACCCCAUGUGGAAGAGUUUCUGAGAGUCGUGUCAUGUUCUCAUGUUCUUCAAGGAUACGGCUUAACGGAAACUUGUGCCGGUACAUUCGUUUCUAUACCGGAUGAGAUAAACAUGCUGGGAACUGUGGGACCCCCAGUCCCGAAUGUGGAUGUUUGCUUGGAAUCUGUUCCAGAAAUGGGAUAUGAUGCCCUUUCAAGUACACCACGUGGAGAAGUAUGUGUAAGGGGGGAUACUUUAUUUGCAGGCUACUACAAACGUGAAGACCUUACAAAAGAAGUCUUUGUUGACGGCUGGUUUCAUACAGGGGAUAUUGGUGAAUGGCAACCAGAUGGAAGCUUGAAAAUAGUCGAUCGUAAGAAAAACAUCUUUAAACUUUCACAAGGAGAGUAUGUUGCUGUGGAGAACUUAGAAAAUAUCUAUGGCCUAGUCCCUGAUAUUGACUCGAUAUGGAUAUAUGGGAACAGCUUUGAGUCUUGCCUUGUUGCUGUUAUUAAUCCAAACCAGACAGCAGUUGAGAAGUGGGCUGUGCAGAAUGGUCUACCCGGAGACUUCAAUGCCCUAUGUGAAAAUCCCAAAUUAAAAGAGUAUUUUAUUGGAGAACUAUCGAGGAUUGGAAAAGAAAAGAAGUUGAAGGGGUUCGAGUUCAUCAAAGCUGUGCACCUCGAUCCUGUCCCGUUCGACUUGGAACGAGAUCUUAUCACGCCAACAUUCAAGAAGAAGAGACCCCAGUUACUCAAGUACUACAAGAGCGUGAUUGACAACAUGUACAAGAGUGUCAAAUAAGCUCUUGCUUAGAGGUGGAUUUUGCUGAUAAUUGCUGAUGGCUAUGGUUUCUUUGGAUACCUUUGGGUAAAACUUCUAAUCCAUUGAACUGAAUGCCCGAAAAAGGGAAAAACGCAGAACAGAGAAAAGGGGAUAAAGAAUGGUUAUGUAUUGUAAUGUACAUACAUAUGUUGGCGUUUCCUGAAAUUAUUCUCUCAAAAUGGUUUUGUUCACUCAUAUAUCCAGCUUGGUCGUAUCUUGGUUUUGAUUCUCUGUUACAAUCCAAAUUGACAUG